AGUUUACGGGACGUAGGCGGCGGCGGCGGCAGCCGUAGCGGUUAUUAAGCGGCCCGCAGCGGACCAUGGUCCUGCGCGGGCGUCCCUGGCCUCUCUUCUCUGAGUUCUCAGGCAGCGUCGCGGAGCGGGCAGACUUCCGGGAAGGAGCUGACAAGAGAUUGAGCGGUGGCCGGCGCGCUUAGCGCCCCGAACAUGCGGCAGUCCCUGUGGGCGACUCCGGGCUGCGGAGAGGCGGCGGCGGCGGCGGCGGCUCGGGAGGGAAGGAGGCGGCGGCGCCGGCGGAGGUGGCGGCGGGGACGCCCGGCGCCCGGCGCGGAGCCCUAGGGCGGCUGCUUGGUGUGGCCUGGGGCCUCGUGGACAAGGAUGCUGUCCCGAAAAAAAACCAAAAACGAAGUGUCCAAGCCGGCCGAGGUGCAGGGGAAGUACGUGAAGAAGGAGACGUCGCCUCUGCUGCGGAAUCUUAUGCCUUCAUUUAUCCGGCAUGGUCCAACAAUUCCAAGACGAACUGAUAUCUGUCUUCCAGAUUCAAGCUCUAAUGCCUUUGCAGCUUCUGGAGAUGGAAUAGUUUCAAGAAACCAUAGUUUCCUUAGAACUCCAAUUCAAAGAACACCUCAUGAAAUAAUGAGAAGAGAAAGCAACAGAUUAUCUGCACCUUCUUACCUUGCCAGGAGUCUAGCAGAUGUCCCUAGGGAAUAUGGCUCUUCUCAGUCUUUUUUAACAGAAGUUAAUUUUGCUGUUGAAAAUGGAGACUCUGGUUCCCGAUAUUAUUAUUCAGAUAAUUAUUUUGAUGGUCAGAGGAGGCGCCCACUUGGAGAUCGAGCACACGAAGACUAUAGAUAUUAUGAAUACAACCAUGAUCUCUUCCAAAGAAUGCCACAGAAUCAGGGGAGGCAUGCUUCAGGUAUUGGGAGAGUUGCUGCUACAUCUUUAGGAAAUUUAACUAACCAUGGUUCUGAAGAUUUACCCCUUCCUCCUGGCUGGUCUGUGGACUGGACAAUGAGAGGGAGGAAAUAUUACAUAGAUCACAACACAAAUACAACUCAUUGGAGCCAUCCUCUUGAGCGAGAAGGACUUCCUCCAGGAUGGGAGCGAGUUGAGUCAUCAGAAUUUGGAACCUAUUAUGUAGAUCACACAAAUAAAAAGGCUCAAUAUAGGCAUCCCUGUGCUCCGAGUGUACCUCGGUAUGAUCAACCUCCUCCUGUCACAUACCAGCCACAGCAAACUGAAAGAAAUCAGUCCCUUCUGGUACCUGCAAAUCCUUAUCAUACUGCAGAAAUUCCUGAUUGGCUUCAGGUUUAUGCUCGAGCCCCUGUGAAAUAUGACCACAUUCUGAAGUGGGAACUCUUCCAGCUGGCUGACCUGGAUACAUACCAGGGAAUGCUGAAGUUGCUUUUCAUGAAAGAACUGGAACAGAUUGUUAAAAUGUAUGAAGCCUACAGACAGGCUCUUCUCACGGAGUUGGAAAAUCGCAAGCAGAGACAGCAGUGGUAUGCCCAGCAACAUGGCAAGAAUUUUUAAGUUAAUUUUUUAAAAAUAAAAUUUAAGUUUUAUAAGGGCUUUAAAAUAUUUUCACAGAUAAAGAAAAACUGCAAACAAGUACUUUGGUUAAUAAAGGCAGCUUACUUUUUUGGAAAUUAUAAAAUUCU